CGAUGGGGAUCCAGCCGAGCACGGCCCUGUUCGCCUCCCUGGGCGUAGGACUCGUCUCCCUGCUGGGCCUGGCCCUGGCCUCCUAUUUGGCGCGGAGGACCCGGCGGGCCCCAGUCACGCUGCUGGACCCCAACGAGAAAUACCUGCUCCGGCUGCUGGACAAAACGACUGUGAGCCACAACACCAAAAGGUUCCGCUUUGCUCUGCCGUCUGCCCGCCACGUCCUGGGACUGCCUGUGGGGAGACACGUCUACCUGUCUGCCCGCAUCGACGGCAACCUGGUCGUCCGGCCGUACACACCCGUCACCGGGGACGAAAACCGGGGCUACGUGGAUCUUGUCAUUAAGGUCUACUUGAAGGGUGUGCACCCCAAGUUCCCUGAUGGGGGAAAGAUGUCUCAGUAUCUCGACGGACUGAAGAUUGGUGACGUGGUGGAGUUCCGGGGGCCGAGCGGCCUGCUCACGUACGUUGGAAAAGGAAAGUUUGACAUCCAUCCCAACAAGAAGUCCCCGGCAGAACCCAGAACGGCCAAGAAGUUGGGAAUGAUUGCCGGAGGGACGGGGAUCACCCCGAUGCUGCAACUCACCCGGGCCAUCCUGAAGGAUCCUGAAGACACAACGCAGUGUAGCCUGCUCUUUGCCAACCAGACAGAGAAGGAUAUUAUCCUGCGGGAAGACUUGGAAGAGCUCCAGGCCCAGUACCCCGAGCGCUUUAAGCUUUGGUUCACUCUGGAUCACCCCCCAAAAGGUUGGAGCUACGGCCGGGGCUUUGUCACUGCCGAUAUGAUCCGGGAGCAUCUGCCCGCCCCAGGAGACGAUGUGCUGCUGCUGCUGUGCGGCCCCCCCCCCAUGGUGCAGCUGGCCUGCCACCCCAACCUAGACAGGCUUGGCUAUCCCCAAAAAAUGCGCUUCACUUACUAACCGCCCCCCCGUCACCAUCCCGGACCGGUGACCCUUUGAAACACCCCCCGGGGAGAAGAGAGCCAGCCCAACCCGGACUGGAUCACGGGUAC